AGGUUGGGUCGGUCUUGAUCACAAUUAUGACCGACUCAACAACACUAAGACUACAGUCUUCAUUCUUGGUCUUCUUUUGGGUCUUGUUCUCUUGCUUUCUUCUUAUGUUUAUUUCUCUCCUUUUAUAUUCAACAACUUGUCUCGUUCACGGCGGUUUGGCAUUAUCAAAACCUUUCAUAAGAACAAACACGGCUUUAGUACGAAAAGGUGAUAAACCCGUGUUUCAACAACACCAUGGGUGUAAUUUCAUCAUUGGAGGGAAUACUGGUGGGGACUCGGCCACUAGCCGGAAGAAGUGGGCUAACGCGGCAGUGGUCAACAAGGUGCUGGUCCCGAAAGGUAAGAAGUUGAAAACCGAGCCUAUUGUAUUUUCUAAUGCUGAUCUUCCAGAGACAGGGGUCCCUCAUAGGGACGCCCUAGUAAUUACUAUUGAUAUAAUGGACUUACUGAUCCACAAAACCCUUGUGGAUACGGGAAGCUCCGUUAAUAUUAUGUAUAUGGAUACAUACAAGGCUCUCGGUUUGACAAGAGAUGAAUUAUCACCCAUCAAGACUCCACUAACUGGGUUCACUGGUGACUCUAUUGAGCCGGAGGGGGUAAUAACCCUCCCGGUUGAGAUAGGGGAUACUAAGGCAACCCGGAAGCUGGACAUGGAGUUCGUCGUGGUGGGGAUAAUCUCCAACACGAACAUUAUCUUGGGCCGACCCGGAUUGGAAGAUUUGGAGUGUGUUAUUUCACCUCGUCACCUGUGCAUAAAAUUCCAAACCCCCCAUGGAGUUGGAAUUGCCAGGGGAUCUCAGAGAGUAUCCCGGGCAUGGUAUUUGAAGGCAACCAAACAGCCGGUCAAGUACGAUACCCAAGUAGGAGAAGUAACUGCGCAGCUCCUGAGGGCAGAGGAAAAACGUCCCAGAGUAGAAGUUGCCGGCGACAUUGAAGAGGUGCAACUGGAGCCAGGCACGCCGGGAAGGUUUGUCAGGAUUGGUAAGGGGCUGGGGGCUGAACUCAGGUCACGAGUGAUUUCAGUUCUCAGGAGGUUCAGAAGGGUCUUUGCAUGGAGUCCAGCUGAUAUGCCAGGACUGGAUCAUAAGAUUGCAGUUCAUCGCCUAAAUGUUCUGCCGGAUGCCAGAGCGGUGAAGCAGAAACGAAGACAUUUGUCGCAGGAAAGAAGAGAUUUCGUGAAGAAGGAGGUGGCAACCCUGCAGAGCAUUGUGCAUAUCCGGGAGUUCCGUGUGUCCAACAAUGAAGCUGAGUAUGAGGCCCUGAUCAAUGGUUUGAAAAUUCUACGUAAGAUGGGAGUAUCCAGGGUUCAGGUUUACACCGACUCCCGACUAGUUGUGGGACAAAUCACGGGGGAAUUUGAAGCAAAGGAAGAGAGGAUGAAAAGGUACCGGGACUUGACCUUGGAGGUGUUGGGAAAAUUUGAGUUUAAGCUUGAACAUAUUCCCCGAGCCCAGAAUGCGGAGGCUGAUGUUCUCUCCAAGCUCAGCGCAGAGUCACCGGAAUACAUAAGCAAGUUAGCAACCAUUGAAGAGCUGGUAACCCCUAGUCUUAACAGCAGUGAAGUGAUCUGGGUAUCGGCUGAUCCCCCAGAAUGGCUGGAUCGGUUGGCCAAAUAUAUUGAGGAUGGUGAAUCCCCGGAGGAUCCCCAGGAGGCACGUCUAUUACGAAUGAGGGCACCAACCUACAAGGUACAGGACGGAGUCCUCUAUAAGCGGUCCUACAACGGAGUUCUACUCCGCUGUCUUAGAGCAACAGAGGCAAAGGCAUUGAUGGAAGAAAUACACGAAGGAGUAUGUGCUGCACAUCAGGGUCCUUAUUCCAUUUCCAAGAGGGCUAUCAUCCAGGGAUAUUUCUGGCCAACGAUGAGGAAGGAUUGCGAAGAAUAUGUACGCAAGUGCCCGACCUGCCAGCAAUUCCAGAAUAUACCCGGGAGGCCAGCCACGAAUUACACGCCCGUCAGCUCCGUGAUUCACUUUUCAAGAUGGGGGGUUGAUCUUGUGGGAGCCCUGCCGAAAGGGGCAGGACAGGCAAGGUGGAUUGUGGUGGCGAUAGACUAUUUCACAAAGUGGGUGGAAGCUGAGCCACUUGCAGGGAUCACCAGAAGGCAGAUGAUCGACUUCGUCGGGACCAAUAUACUCUGCAGGUUUGGGGUCCCGAAGCAGAUCAUAUCAGACAAUGGAACCCAGUUUGAGGAAGCAGAAUUUCAAGACUUUCUCAAAACUUGGGGGAUUCAGCACACGAAGGUGUCUGUUGCGUAUCCUCAGGCUAAUGGACAAGUGGAGAACGUCAACAGAACAAUCAUAGACGGAAUAAAGAAGAAGGUACUUUCAGAAGGAAGCAAAUGGGUAGAUGAACUACCCAGAAUCCUGUGGACAUACAGGACGACUCCGAGGAGAGCUACGGGUGACACUCCUUUUGGCUUGGCUUAUGGUUUUGAAGCCCGGGCUCCCGGUGAAGUAGUAAUCCCCACCAGGAGAGAAAUGGAAUAUGACCCGGAGGUGAACGAGCAGAAUCAGGCCGUAGAACUGAAUUUCGUAGAAGAACGAAGGGAUGAAGCGCGUAUCCGGGCAGAGAAUUAUCGUCGCCAGGUGAAAUCUUACUUUGAUAGCAAGGUGAAACCAAGAACAUUCCAGGUGGGGGAUUAUGUUCUGAGGAAACGAGAGAAGAGUCAACCAACUAAGGGUGGGAAGCUGGCUAAGAAGUAUGAAGGACCUUAUAUCAUCAAGGCCGUUGUUCGCCCAGGUACCUACAAGUUGGUGACUCCCAAGGGGAAAGAAAUUGAUAGGACAUGGAAUGUAGAGCACUUGGUCAAAUUUUAUCAGUGAAUCAUUUUGUAAAAAUGCUCUAUUUUUAAUUUAAAAUGUUUGUUUCAAUCAAAUUCUUCUAUAGCCAAGUGCCUUUGCAAUUUCCUUGUUCUAUAGAUUUCUUUUAAAAAAAAGGGGGGGGGGGGGGGAAGCACCCCAGGGCUAUAUAGACCCGCUUUACAGGGAGGUAGAAAAGUUUAUGCCACCUGCUAAAAAUAGGGGAGGUAGAUAAGUUUAUGCCCCCCCGGAGGUAGAGAAGUUUAUGCCUCCGUCAAAAAUGAAGGAAGGGUUGGGAU